AUCAACUUGCCAUAUCUUACAAUGGAUGCUUCUGGACCCAUGCAUUUGAAUAUGAAGGUAACUCAUCCUCAGUUUGAGGGCAUCGUCGCAGAUCUAAUCAGGAGAACUAUUUCUCCAUGCCAGAAGGCGAUGCAAGAUGCAAAAGUCAGCAAGCGUGACGCAGGAGAAGUGAUUCUGGUUGGUGGCAUGAUGAGGAUGCCCAAGGUUCAGCAGACUGUGCAAGAUAUUUUUGGCAGAGCCCCAAGUAAAGCUGUGAAUCCUGAUGAGGCUGUAGCCAUCGGAGCUGCCAUUCAGGGAGGUGUGCUGGCUGGUGAUGUCACCGAUGUGCUGCUCCUGGAUGUCACUCCCCUCUCUCUGGGUACUGAGACUCUGGGAGGUGUCUUUUCCACACUUAUUAAUAGGAACACCACAAUUCCAGCUAGAGAGAGCCAGGUAUUUUCUACCACUGCUGAUGGACAAACUCAAGUAGAGAUUAAAAUGUAUCAGGGAGAGCAAGAGAUGGCUGCAGACAAUAAACUUCUAGGACAGUUCACUUUGGUUGGAAUUCCCCCAGCCCCUCGUGGAGUCCCUCAGAUUGAAGUUACAUUUGACAUUGAUGCCAAUGGUAUUGUACACGUUUCUGCCAAAGAUAAAGGAACAGGAUGUGAACAACAGAUUGUGAUCCAGUCUUCUGGUGGAUUAAGCAAAGAUGACAUUGAAAAUAUGGUUAAAAAUGCAGAGAAGUAUGCUGAGCAAGACCAGAGAAAGAAGGAACAUGUGGAAGCAGUUAUCAUGGCUGAAAGAAUUAUUCAUGACACAGAAACCAAGAUGGAAGAAUUCAAGGACCAGUUACCUGCUGACGAGUGCAACAAGCUAAAGGAAGAGAUUUCCGAAAUGAGAGAACUGCUUGCGUGGAAGGGCAGUGAAACGGGAGAAAACAUCAGACAGGCAGCGUCUUCACUGCAGCAGGGGUCGCUGAAGCUCUUUGAGAUGGCCUAUAAAAAGAUGGCAUCUGAACGGGAAGGUUCUGGAAGUUCUGGUACUGGGGAACAGAAGGAAGACCAGAAGGAGGAGAAACAGUAACAGUGGCAAGGCGUUGAGAGAGGCCAGAAGGACAACAUGAAGCUUGGGAGUAAAGGGACGUCCUGAGCAGAAAAGGGUCAAACUUCAGUCUUUUUACUGUGUUUUUGCAGUAACCCAUAUAAUUUCCUUAAUAAAUAAAUUUAGUGA